AUGGAGGCAUCAAAGAAGCUUAUGGCAAUGUUUUUUGUUUGCAUUAUUGUGAUUUCUUCAUCCAUGGCUGAUGAAGAAAAUAAAGCAGAAGAAUUUAAAAAAUCAUUUGAAAUUGUGGCAAAUGAAUAUAAAGAUUGCUACAAUGAUUGUCAAAAGGAAUGUACCAAUGAAGGAUUUGGAUACACUCGUUGUGAGAUGAAAUGUGACACUGAAUGCAGUGCUAAGUUGCUCAAAGAAAGAAUCGAGAAAAUGAAAAAUUAAUUUGAAGCCUUGAAGAUGCACCAAAGGAUGCAAAACAU